AAUGUUGUAUACAUUCUCAUUGCUCAGUCAUUUAUUAGGGCAUGUUGUUGUGAUGGCAGUAACAGGAGGGCACCAUAUGGCCCUGGGAUUCUUGGUGCAUAGUUUCUCAGGUGGCUAGUGGCCAGGGGUCUUCUACAAUCAACAAGAGAAAACAAAAUCCUGUGAUGAAUUCUCAAUUGAAUCAAGAACUGCGUUCAGUAGCUCCAUGGUGGACUGGAUGACUCUUGUGUGUCUGUAUAGAUGUACACUUACAGGGGGACCGGGGAGGCAAGAUGAUUGUGUGAAACGGCCUAUGGUGACCAUGGACCUGCUGCGUGCCGGGAAGACCACUGCACAACCCCCAUCAAAUCCUCUCAACUCCAACAUCAAAGAAAACACUCCAAACAAUAACACCAGGAAUUCCCAGCCUGGGGCCUUCGGACUGGACAUUCCACAGCUGAUGCCAGACACAGUCCUCAAAGCAAAGGAUGUUAUUUAUUUUCUCAAGGAUGAAGCUAGAGAGAGAGAGAGAGAGAGAGAGAGGGACCAGUCCGGGACCCUCUGCUGAUUCUCACUACCCUCCUCCCAUGGCACCAUAUCUGCUCUUCUUAUUAAGUGGUCGGAAGCAACUGUGCUUUAUUGUCAUAACAUUUUCAUGGGAAGGGGUUUCAAGCUUUCCAGAAAUUUUGCAGAAAAAUAAGUCCUUGUGAAUCAUUUUCAAAGCAAGUCUUGGUUGUGUUUGUUGGAGUGUAAAUGCACAUGUACUUACAGUUACACAACCCAAUGUACAUGAUUCAUACUUGGUUCUAUGUGUUUUACUGUUACACUACCAUAAACUAUGGGGUUUUGAGGUACAUGUAGUUACUUUCUGUUUCUUGCGUUCUUCUCUUUCCUUUUGAUUAUAUACUAUAUUUUAAAUGAACAGGACGGAUUCAAAAGCCUUUUCCUUCUUGCUACUAGUUGCCAACAACUGAACAAAAAGAGUUUGAAACUGUGUGUAUUUAUGAAAACACACUGUUUUCCGCCUUUGGUGUUUUAUUAUUCUGCUGAAAAGGUGGAAAUAAAGUUCCAACAAAAUGUGUGUAAUUUGAGUAUCUCACUGGAAAAAGUGCCUUCGCAUUUUUUCCAGUGAAA